AUGUCAGACAUGUCAGACGAUGAUUUCCAGCCUCUCGAGCCCACUCUUCAAAAUGUAUUAGAUCAAACUUCUCUUCAUUGGAUUUUUGUCGGUGGAAAGGGUGGUGUAGGUAAAACAACCACUUCUUGCUCCUUGGCUGUUCAACUCUCCAAGGUUCGCGAGUCUGUCUUGUUGAUCUCUACUGAUCCCGCUCACAAUCUUUCUGACGCGUUUGGCCAAAAAUUCUCCAAAGAAGCCACUGUCGUAAAUGGCUUUGACAAUCUCUACGCUAUGGAAAUCGAUCCUACUUCCAGUAUCCAAGAGAUGGUUGAGCAAUCUGAUCAAAAUAACCCAAUGGGUGGUAUGAUGCAGGACUUAGCUUAUGCUAUUCCUGGUGUAGAUGAGGCUAUGGGUUUUGCUGAAGUCAUGAAACAAGUAAAGACCAUGUCAUAUUCUGUUGUUGUGUUUGAUACUGCACCAACAGGCCAUACUCUUCGUUUCUUGUCUUUCCCCACUGUUCUCGAAAAGGCUUUGGCCAAAAUUAGUGGUUUGAGUAGCCGUUUUGGUCCUAUGGUUCAACAAGUUUCUGGCAUGAUGGGUAUGAACGCUAACCAAGAGGAUAUGUUCUCAAAGCUGGAAGAAAUGCGUUCUGUUAUUACUGAAGUCAACAACCAAUUCAAAGAUCCUAAUACCACCACCUUUGUCUGUGUCUGUAUUUCCGAAUUUUUGUCCUUAUAUGAAACUGAACGUAUGAUCCAAGAACUGACCUCAUAUCACAUCGAUACACAUAACAUUGUCGUCAACCAAUUACUAUUCCCUAAAGCAGGUUCAAACUGUGAGCAUUGUACAGUUAGAAACAAGAUGCAACAAAAAUAUUUGGACCAAAUAUACGAUCUGUAUGAAGACUUCCAUAUUGUACGUAUGCCCUUGCUGACAAAGGAAGUGCGCGGUGUUGAGGAGAUCAAGGAGUUUUCCAAGAUGUUGGUGGAGCCUUUCCAAGAAUCUAAAGAAUCCAAAUAA